UAAAAAGGGCAGAUAACUGUAAAUGACACAGCAAUUAGAAGGAUGGAGGUUGAUAAUUCAACAGCUGUGGAUGAGUCGACCACGACAAGUCCCCGGCUGUUGCUGAAAAGAUUCUAUGAUUUGCAAGCAGAACGGGUUCAGACAUAUCUGUUAUUUGAUGAGGGUUUCCAGGCAUAUCUGAAGGGAGCUCCCAACUACAACUUCAGCAUGUACAGACAGCUGGUACACGAGAUCACAGAGACCUUCCAGAAGAUCUCCCAGGAUGUGAUCAAGGUGAAAGACUCUUUGGCCAAUGUUUGUAACUUGAACCAGAUUGCCAACAUACUGGACCAGGUGCAGGAUGAGGAGAGGAACAAGCUAGAACUGACAGCUCGUCUCCAGAUCGCCCAGCAGAAUGCCGUUGACCAUCCAGCAGAUGAAUGCUACAAGGCCGAAAUAGUGGAGCUGAAGCAAAAAGUGGGUGAAAGGAUACAGAAUAUCAAUGAGUUCUUAGAGGAACUGAAGUACGAGUCCGAGAAUCUCUACACAGACGAGGAGGAGGAAAGGUAGCAUGAAGAAUCCAAGUAGUGAAGGAAAUAACGGAUGAAUUAGUGAAAGACUUGGCUGCGGUUGGUGCUGCUGCUGCUGCUGCAGGUGUUGCUACUGUGUCACUGUUGCAGGAAAUACCCCUGGACCUUUUGUUGUUCAUGUUAUUAAGUCAGGAUCAACAGACUAAAACACUCCAUUCAAGGGCAAGGAUCUGAGUGGGAGAAAUCCUGUUAUUUCCUGAUGUGAGGGCUCUUAUGUCACUGACUUGUACAUUGUAGUGUGGCUAUAUCAAGGCCAUGUUGGUUAACACAGUUUUCUGUGUAUGAAACAUCAGAUUGAAACCACUCUUGCAUAAAUAAUGUAAUCCAGCAAAGUUGAUCGAAGUUAUCAUCAUUUUCACAUAGGAUCAUCGUUUUAAGCUAAACAUUAUAUUAGCAUAUUAAGCCAAGGUGAUAUUGAAACAACAAAUACAGAUACUAUAGCUUUCAUAGAAA